CAGAUGGGUGCAAAAAACGGAAGAUCGGCUUCUCUACCAUACCGUUGCAUGCACAUCAUUCAACAGUCACCAAGCCAAACCAUCGUUGUAGGCUGUUAUGUGGGUCCACUGCCUGGCAAGACAACACUCAAAAGUCAACAGCGAGCCAGAUCCAAUGCUUUAGUUUAGGUUUCUCGUAUGUAUCUUUGAUGGAACUUCAUGUAGCUUUGAGUUUGAGAAACAAUAUCUGUAAUGCAGCUGUCGGGUAGACGGAAACCUAACAUAAUUCAGUGUAGCCUGUAUCUCUCUCUGUACGCGUGGUGUAUUCUUUAGUGCUCGUAGUUUUACAUCAUUUAUCUGGAUACUGCCAUAGAGGUUUCUAAUGAUGUCCGAGCAGACCUCAGUUACAAGUCAUAACUCUGACGACGAUGACGAAAUUGGAGAAGAGCUCUUGGAUGAGUUCCGUAGUCUGGUUGGCUCGCGGCUGUCCACAAGCUCUGUCUCGAGCAGGCGAAGGCAGUCGUCCUCUCCGCAGAUGAAAACCGCUAAGGUGCUGGAGUCAUGCCUGUACGAUCUGGACAAGCAGAAGGAUGUCAUGCUGCAGACGCUCACCAUCAUGGAGCAGAACAGCGCCGAUCGCAUCGUGGAGCUCGGCGCUGACCUCACCAAAGCCCAGCGCUCCGCACGGGAAUGGGAGCAGCGGUCGAAUGAGGUGCAGAGUCGUUCGGAGGACUUCCAGCAGGACGUGCAUGCCUUGGUCAACAUUCUCUCACUGGCUUACCACAGUGGACAGUGGAAGUUUGCGAGCACUGAUUUCCGAACUGUAACAUCUGACAUGCUGCCGCCUACAGGGUCAUCUUCCAAAGAAGGAAUGAGGGUCUCAUUGGUGGAGAAGCAGUUAUCCGAGAGAGGUCGCAAGAUCCAGUCCUUACAACAGGAACUCGUUUCGGGCAGUGCACAGCAUCGUGUGUUGAAAGAGCAGAUCACUCAGCGCGACAACGAGCUGGCUGACCUGCGGCAGUCGCUCGCCACCAAUCAAGAGCAGCUCUCCAACGCACUCAGCGGCCUGCAGACGCACGAGCAGGAGGCCGGCACGCGGCACACGUCCCUGAUGGACGAGGUGGAGCGGCGCGACGGCCUGCUCCGCUCCCUGCAGGAGGAGAACGCCCGGCUGCAGGAGCUGCGCAGCCACGACGUCAAGACCUCGAUGGCCAGCGGCGAGCAGCUCGGCCAACUGCAGGCCGACGUCGUUACACUGACGGCCAAUCUGGAAGCGGAGCACGGUCGCUCGACGGAGCUGCGCACGCAGCUGCACACUGAGCACCAGACCAACGAGGACCUGAAGCAGAAGCUCUCCAAGCAAGAGGAGCAGGUCAACGGGCUGAUGGAGCGGCUCAACUCCCAGAUUAGCGAGCUACAGUCAAACGUCGCCGUCGUCGAGGACAAGUACAAAACAGCGUGUUCGGAGACGGAAGAAGCGAGGGCACAGAUGGCAGACCAUUCGAGUUCGUUGGAUAGCGCACAGGCCGAUGCAUCGAUGUACCGUGAUCAGCUGCUUGACUGCCGAGCCAAGCUGGAGCAAUGGGAAACGACAGUAACGCUGCUGCGCAACGAGCACGGGGACGAGGUGCUGCGGCGCGAACAAACCAUUCAAGACCUGGAGGUGAAGCUGCAGGCUGCUGACACGGAGAAGUGGACGCUGUCGGAGCAUGUGUCUAUGCAGGAAAAAACCGUACGUCGUGUGGAAGAGGAUUUCAACUCUAGGCUGGCGCAGCAUAGAUGGCAGAUGGCAUCUAAACUGUUGGCAUUGGAGCAGCAGAAGGCACAGCUGAAAACUGAAAAGCAGCUGGGAGCUGAACUCAAGCUCACCCUACAGCAAAGUGAGCGGGAGCUAAGCGAAACAAAGAGGCAGCUGGAAGCAGUUCAGAGCGAGCUACUGGAGGCCAGCAAGACACUGACAAGCAAUCAAGAAGAUCUGGGCAACUCUCUCGCACAAUUCCAUGCGGAGAAGAUGGCAGCCGAUAGCAGUAUUAGCGGGCUGCGUGAACAGUUAGCUUCUGUCCAGCAGGAGCUCAAUAGCUCAGCAAGCAGUGUUGUCGAUUUGGAGGAGGGUAAUGCGCAGCUGCACAGUGCUCUGCAGCUGUCCCAGGACACUCUCACUGCUUGCCAGCAGCAGCUGUGCGAAGAGCGGGAGCACAGCGAAGAGCUACAGCGAUUCCUCGAAUCAACAAAAUCCAAGCACAGCUUGCUGAAGGUCGACAACGAUUCCUUGGUCCGCCAGCUAACAGACCGGGACCAGUUGAUCAGUCAGCUGCGCGACCAGGUGGUUGGAGUGUCGGACGGGGCGAACGAGCAGGCCAAAAAGCACAGUCAUGCAUACGGAGAGGUGGCACGCUCGCUGGAGGAAACGAUCACCACGCUCAGGAGAACUCAGGACGAGGUUGUGGAGAAAUCCACUAGCCUGAGUCGACUUCAGGCGCAAGUGUCGCAGCUGGAAUCGGAGAAGACGAAAUUGCUUGAGAAGGGCUCACACAGCACCGAAGAAGUAGCCAAGCUCAACAUUUCCGUCGAGACGUUACAGCAGGAAAACAAACUCUGUCUCGAGCAGAUUGCAAAGCUUGAGGAUACGAAUACUGCCAUCUCAGCGAAAAUGACGGUCCUGCAAGAAAAUUUGAACCAAGAACAGGAAGAGGUGGAUACUCUGAAUGAAGCCAAGAACAGCCUGCAAGCCUCUGUUGACCGCCUGCAGGAGCAGUGUAUGGCACUGGAGACUGCCGAGUAUGACAAGGUGGAGCUGCAGGCUGAGGUCGAGACGCUUCAGCACCAGCUGCAUGUGGCGAGAGCCGAGCUGUCCGAAAACGAAACGUCACUGGAGAAGCAGCACGCUGACCUAGUUGAAAUGGAGGCCACGUGUGCACGCCACAAGGACAUGAUCCAGGCACGCGACGAGGAGAUCGAGCGCCUCAAGGAGAGCGACGCGGACGAGGAGCUGGAGCAAAAGGUUCAGGAGCUGGAGUUGCAGCUGUUGGACAUGAAGGAUGACGUGUCCAAUGCCAACUGUUCGCUGCAGCAGAGCCAAGACGAGGCCGAACAGUGGAAGACGACGAGCGAGGCCAACGAGACCAACCUGAACCGCUUCAAGUCGGAGUGUGAGCGUGUACGCCAGCUGCUUGUCCUGAAAACGGAAGAGCUGCAGACUGCCCAGGACCAAGCGAGCGAGCUGGAACGGAAUCGCACCAAAAUGCUCCAGGAGGUCCAUGUGGAGCGAGACCGGGCAACACAGCUGCAGAUCGAAGUCAAUCUACUCCGACAUCAUCGCAGUGAAGUGGAAGAGUCACUAACACGGGAGUUGGAGUCGCUGCGAUCUCAUUCCAACUACAUUGCCAAGGCUGAUCAGCUGUCUCGAGAGUUGACAGAUGCUGGCCAAGAGCUCACUCAACUGAGGCGGUCGUUGGCAGCAGCAGAAGAAGAACACGACAAAGUGAUAGCGAAGCUCCGUGCUGAGCAGGACCAGAAUGUCAAGUUGCAGGCGCGCUGCAUUGCUGCCGAGAACUCCGCUCGCAAGUCUGCCGAAGCAGCCGAAAGCAGCAAGAUGGAGGCGCAGAAUGCCGAGCAGCAAGAACUUCAGCAGGUCAAGCAGACCAGCGAUAUCUUAACGGCCGAGCUGACCCAGCGGCAGACGGUCAUUGAUGUGCUGCGUAAGGAGAUUGACGACCUUAAGGUCCAGUCUCGACUCAACGUGCAUGAGCUCAAGCUGAAGCGUCUCCGAGUGCAGCAGAUCGACCAAGACGUCGACGCGCAGCGCAUUCAGAACUCGGUGCUCCGGGAGAAGAUCAUGGCCCAUGAACGUCAGCAAACGAUGCUCGAGGUGGCACUAGAAAAAUCGCAGGAGGAGCGAGAAAAACUCUCGCAAAAGAUCACAGAGCUUGUGAGUGCGGCUAGGCACCCCAAGGCAAACAAUGCUCUAUCACAGAAGGCUAGUGAUCUAGAAGAGAAGGUCACGCUACUGAGGGCAGCUUUGUCCGAUUCCCAGAGCGAGUUCCAAAGCCUGCGACAGCGUUAUGGUGAUGUCCAAGCAGAGCUGGAGGCCUCUAGGCAACGUCACGCAGCUGAGACGAGUGUUCUCGAGGCUGAGCUCAACAACUUGCGUUCUGAGCAGAACAGCGCGGACGGUGUCCAUCACCAACUUGUCAGUCAGCUGCAGACGACAGUGAACACGCUGGGCGGUCAACUGGACAAGGUGUCUCUGCAGCGCGACGAAGCCAGCGGGGACUCUGACGACGCAGACGAGAGUCAUCACAGUCUGAGACAGUCACUGCCAUUCUCACCCGCCGCCAGCUUCCUCCGCGAUGUCACCGUUGCCCAUCUGGAAAGCAAGUGUAGCGACUUGGAGAGCGAGUUAUCUGCUUCCCAUGCGCUGCGCAGCAGUGUGCAACAGUACGAGCAUCAGAGACUCCAGGAGCAGCAGGACACCUUUGAAAAAGAGCGAGAGAUGCUGCGCAAGUCGCUGACCGUCACACGGGAUGACUUGAAGCAGUGCCGCUCAGACUUGAUCGAGAAAGAUCGACAGAUCUUCAAGCUGUCGCGUAACUUGGAGAAGGCUGAGAGCUCCAGACAGGAACAUCUGCGUAAGGUGAGCGACAUCGAAGCAUCCGUGGCAAAGCUCAGCUCGCCGCAGAAGUCGGAUGGCGAUGGCGCAGGCUAGGGCUAGCCGCUGUGGCGGAAUGUCGACGUCGACACCACACACUGCUGUUGCUACAACCCGCUGAGCUAGCCGUCUCCCAAGCAGCGCUCUCACCUACGGCAUAGCCCUGCAACACACCUAACUAACUUGAUGGCAACUAACUAACUUGAUGCCAUCUUUGCGGGGCCAUCGGGUAGUUAUUUGGAGAGAAAUUGUUACUCGUGUCUUAAGGCACGUUGCAAACAUGAGCAGGGCGGAAUCUACUCGAACUUUCCCAAAGUGAUGAGAUUACCUUAGGCCAUGAUGGCAGAUGUUCUAUUUCCGAUUUCCUUUUUUUUCUUUUUGACUUUGAGCAACAAUUUCUGGCGGUUGUUAUUUCCGUGUUCGUUUGUCUAGCGGAAUUUUUUGAGAAUGCAACUACGACUUACUCCCGCGGGGUACCAUUUACACUAUUAUUAGUUAGGCUCUUCAAUAUGCAGGGCUCAGGGCUCAGGGCUCAGGGCUGUGACGCAGGACGCACUGCUAUGUACAAUGUUUUCAAAGUACUUUUAUGAUUGUCACCUUUUUAGCCAGUCUAUUUUUAGCUUUACUACAGUGCACAACUGGAGGAUUGUGGUGUUACACAACUUUUGUCAGGUGGUGCUUUUGCGCAGCCAUAAUUAUUUAAUUCGUUCAGUGCUGUAAUUUCUGUUCACCUGGGACGCUGCUCGGCAUCCCGACUGAACGCCGAUCGUGAAACUCA